AUGGGCCUCCUGUCGCCUCGCCGCAGGAGCGGGAGCGCUGCAGGCAGCGAGGAUGGCAGCACGAACAAGCUUGCAACCCUGGAGCGCAAUUGGAGGCGCGUGGCAUCCACGCACACCCUGCAGGAUCUCAUGGACGCAGAUGAUCCAGCCAAGCAGCGCCAGGGCGCAGACCUCAAGCUGCUGGCCCUGGGGGUGCUACUGAUACUCAUCGGUGCCGUCAGCCUCGCCCUGGGCGUCUUUGCCAUCGUGGUGGCGCCGCUGCUGCCGCCGCUGGCGCACCCGUGGCUGGCGUCGGUGCAGCGCGACCGCUACUACCAGCUGCUGCUGCCGCUCACCGUGCCCGUCACCAUCGCCGCCAUCACCCUCAACUGGUUCUCCAUGAAGCUGUUCAAGCACAACAGCUGA